CGUCCCACAUCCUAGACUGUGCUUGACCCUACUACACUCGUCUCCCGCUUUCCUCACGGAGACCCAGACGGUGCGAGACGCAAGACACUCCGGUAUUCCUGCUCUACACGUCACCAACAUGGAGAUGAGCCGAUAUAUAGUGAGAAAAAGAAAAUGCGUGAGAUGGAGUGCGCUCUCAGACUCAAAAGGAGCAGCCCCCAUCAAGUGCAAAACCCCGCAAGAAAUCAUGCAGCUCUACGGCAGCUACCUGACCCUCAGGGAGCAAAGAGAACUCUUGGCCAUGCAGGAGAUAUGGUACCUUGGGCUCCAAAAUCAGGCCCGGGGCAAGUACAACCAUGGCUACGAUGACGACCAACACCGUUAUAUUCCGGUAAAACACGAGCACCUCAACUUUCGGUAUGAGGUGCUGAAGACGAUUGGGGAGGGCGGUCAAGGCAUAGUGGUCGAGUGUCUUGACCACAUGACAAACACCCUGGUGGCGGUGAAAAUACUCAGAACUCCAUUGAGGUAAGACUCCACACUACUGCAUACUGUGUCUGUGAAACACAGCACCUCUCUCCACAAUCGCCUUGUGCUACGAGAGCCAUAUUCAGUCAGGGCUCUAGCCGGCUCUA